AUGCCACUGGACAACCGAAAUCUCAGCUCACCUUCACAACAGUACACCAGUACUAACCUUUCUCAAGAGUCCGACGCACUUGAUUCCACGAUGGAAUUCCCUUACCGAUCUCCCGAAUUUGCGAAAGAUCUCUCAAAUCCAGAUCCUCCUACCCAUGGAGAGAUUGUCAGCGACAAUCCAGAAUAUCUACCCUCUACGAAAUUCCUUCAGCCGCACUUUCUCCCCGAUCCUUCGCAAAGAUACAUUGACUCAACAUUCCGACUUCUGCGCCAUGAUAUCUUCGGCUCAGCCAAAGAUGUCCUUCGAGAUCAGGUGCAGCAGAAUAAUUUGACACGAUUUUCAUUUUUCUCAAGCAAAAAUAGCGGGGCACAUCUCUAUCUGGGAGCGCAGAUGCUCCAAAUAUUCAUCAAUGAGAGAAAGGAGCUCGAAGCGACCCCGUCCUUUGUUACUCCACCACAAGUCGGCAAAAAGAAUAAAGUUGAGGACGAGGCUUUUUCACACUCGAUCUUGCACGAGCUGCGCUCUGUAAUCAAGGGUGCCUACCAAGACCAGGGCAUCAAUCCCUUUGGUGAAAUUGGGGAGAGGAUCCAUUGUGACGCUCAAAUCGUCGAUCAGAUCGGCACAAACGGCUUCACAGUUGAGAUGUCUACCUUGGACGAGAUUGUGGGCACAGCAAGUAUCAAGGACUGGAAGGCCAAUGUGAAUGCCGACGAGGCCUCGCUCGUGGAUGCUCAUAGCUCUAAGGGAAAUUUGUCCGUGCCGGAAUCCAUUCCUUGCGACGGAGGCCACGAGAUUUUCAUGGUUGCCGUAAAGCCUGGUACUCAAUUGGAAUUUCAGAAAGACUCUAAAGAACGUGUGAGCAAGCGCUAA